ACAUAGAUCUUAUUUUUAAUUCAACUUAGUAUAUAAUAAGAUUCCCUUUUUUCUUUAGUUUUUAGAAUUUACUGUUCUUUAGAAAAUUUGGAAACUGUAGACGAAGAAAGAGUUCACUUCACCAGUAGUACUAGUAGUAGCUAGCAACAGUGCCAUUAACUCAUCAUCCUCAGAUAGUGCGCAUUGCAGAACACACAAAUUCUCCAAGAAAACCCCAAAGAUGGAUGGAUUAUGCCACGUCAUCAUCAUCUUCCUGCUAUCAUGCGCUUCCUCUCCCUUAUCAUUCGCUUCGCCGGCCAGUUUCAGUCGCCGUCACCUCUCACAAGCUCCUCUAACCGAUCCUUCCACAUCUACCCCCGGCGGCUCUCCCUUCUUCCCACCUUACAGCUCCUCCUCCUCCUCCACUCCUCCGCCUCCGGUGCCUUUGCCGCCUCCCGCCCCCACUUAUGCCACUUUCCCGGCGAACAUCUCCGCCCUCGUCCUCCCUCGCUCUCCUAAAGCGCAUACUACUUCCCGAACACUACUUAUCCCUGUUAUCUCCGCCGUGCUCGCCGUCGCAAUAGCAAUCGGCCUGGCCUUAUUUCUGUACGGACGUUGGCAAGGACAAGUUCGUCAUUUCAAAGACGAAUCCAAGAGCGUAGCUUCAGACAUUAGCACAUCCGAGCAAACUCCAUGUCCCCUUCCAAGAAACACCACUGAAAAUAAACUCUCUGUGGCUGCUUCUACCUUCGAUGUUCUCUAUCUCGGAAACGUCGUCACUUCCCAGUCGGAUUUCGUCAAACCGGAGUCACCGGAGAUCAGCCCUCUCCCGCCAUUACCUGCUCGUAGCUUCCUGGAACAUAACACUGAAGCUAAUCCUCUCACCAGUGAAGAAGAGGGAGAAGAAGACGACGACUUCUACUCUCCUCUCGCGUCUCUAGCUGGUCAAGAAACCGGAAGACCGAGAAACAACCCGUACAGUAAUUGCUCUUGCUCUCCUUCCUCAGCCUCGGACUCUCCGGCAAUGUCACCGUCCGUUAUGAUUUCUCCGCCGAUUAGCUCAACGGCUCCACAUUGGUCAGCUCAAAAUCCCCAGUCUCCGUCGCCGGAGAGACGGGUCAGGAUCAAUAAGAGAUAUGGGCCUUCUCUGAGAAUGUUUAGCCUCUGGAAUCAGAACCUAGGGUUUCCGAGAAUCUCUUCUGCUUCUACUUCACCGGAGAGAGGGAUGAUCAGGACCCCCGACGCAUACGCUCGUUCUUCUAUGUACUCUUCGGUUUCCACAACGCCGGAUCGAUUUUUCCGUAAGGUUCUGGAAAGUUCGCCGCCGAGAUGGAAUGACUUCAGUCGAAAUGUCAAGUCUUUGUUCCUUUCCUCCACCUCUGCGUCGCCCGCUAGAGAUUUUUGUAUCAACAUCUCUGAAUCUUCUAGAAAUUUGAAUUCUUCUUGGGAAAUUCCAGAGUUUACCACAAGUGAGCAGAGCGCUGCUCCUCCUCCUCCACAACGGCCACCGCCUGCAAUGCCGGAGCCGCCUCCUCUUGUGCCGCCGUCACAGUCUUUUAUGGUUCAGAAAUCUGGAAAGAAGCUAUCUUUCUCCGAGUUACCACAGAGUUGUUGGGAAGGAGCAUCAGAACGACCAAAGCCAAAGCUGAAACCUCUGCCCUGGGAAAAAGUCCGACCAAACUCUUGCCGGAAAAAUACCUGGGACAGUCUUAAGUUCAGCUCUUCAUAUGCUAACUCAAAACAGAGAAGUCUUAGCUGUGAUCUUCCGAUGCUAAAUCAAGAAAGCAGAGUUCUAGAUCCAAGAAAGUGUCAGAACAAUGCUCUUCUGCUUACCACACUUAAGCUCACCACAAAUGAUAUUCGUCAGGCCCUUCGAGAUGGUCACUAUGAAGCACUUGGAGUUGAGCUUCUUGAGAGUCUAUCAAGAAUGGCACCGAGUGAAGAAGAAGAAAGGAAGUUGAAGAGCUUUAGUGAUGAUGAUGACUCAAUGUCCAAGCUUGCCCCAUCAGAGAGUUUUCUCAAGGAAUUGCUUAAAGUGCCUUUCGUGUUCAAACGAGUGGAUGCAUUGCUCUCUGUUGCUACAUUUGAUUCCAAGAUUGAUCACUUGAAAGGAUCAUUUGGCGUUAUACAGGCUGCUUGUGAGGAACUACGGAAUAGCAGAAUGCUAUUGAAGCUUAUUGAAGUUGUCUUAGAGACAGGAAUGAAGAGCGGGAAUGCGCAUGACUUCAAACUUGAGGGGCUCCUGGGGCUUACCGAUAUCAAACUGUUAGAUGGACGAACCUCUCUCUUGCAUUAUGUUGUACAGAACAUCGUACAAUCAGAAGGUAUCAAAGUGUUGCAGGUUGUCAGAAAUCUCAGUUUAGUACUUGUAGAUGUCAAGAAAUCUGCAGAAAUGGAGUAUGGUGUUGUAAGAAGCGACGUGUCAAAGCUUUAUCAAGGAGUCAAGAAAAUUAGUGAGGUUCUGCUACUGAGUGAGGAGAAUGGACAUAAUGAAGAACAACAGUGGUGGAAAUUCAGAGAGUCGAUGACCCGAUUCUUGGAAACCGCUGUAGAGGAGAUUAAGAAGAUGGAAACAAUAGAAGGUUCAGUGCUCUCUGCAGUUAAAGAGAUCACAGAGACUUUCCAUGGAUAUUCGGCAAAGGAAGAAGAAGAAGCUCAGCUAUUGAGGGUAUUCGUGAUCGUGAGAGACUUUCUGUCCAUUCUAGAUGAAGUAUGCGAGGAAAUGGAUGUGACGCAAGAAGAGAGUACUCUGGGUUAGGCUUUUAAGUGACUGAUGAUGAAUUGUGUUGCCUCGUAGUUAUGUACUUAUGUUUGUAUGAAAUAUAAUUGGAAGAUAUUAUUAUCUGUUCCAUCAUAUCUCUUAAAUUCUUAAAUCGCUUCUAAUCAUUAAAAAAAUAUCAUAUAAAUUGAUGGAGCUGAAUUUAG